AUGACAGAUGCGAAGGAGCCCCCCGAGAAGAAGGUUCGUGUAGACGUGCCGAAGUUAUUGUAUUUCAAUUUUCCUGGGAAGGGCGAGUGCAUCAGAUUGGCUUUCCAUUACGGCGGCAUCCCAUUCGAAGACUACCGGUUCAGUUCGAGGGAGGAGUUCACGAAAAUGAAGGAGUCGGGCGAGCUCCAGUUUGGCCAGGUUCCAGCCCUUGUAGUGGACGGUAAGACUCUAACUCAAUCUGCUCUAUCCUCCGUUUCGUGGGGAAGCGGGCAGGGUUGUACCCCGAAGAUCCUGUGCUCGCGGCCCAUGUAG